CCUAGAUCAAUAUGCACAAGGUUCAAUUGAAAAUCAUCCGCUUCUUUCUAAUAUAUCUGAUAUAUAGGUUGGUAUGGUAGCACAGACCAAAUUCUAUAUUUUUACGUUCUUUCUUUAGUGCUUCGAUAAACCCGAUAUGUGAAACUGUAUUCGGUGGACACAAGAUUGAAAUGCUGUGUUGGCUCAUCUUCAUUGAUCUGGUGCUGCUAGUCUCAUCUAUGUCGUCUCCUGGAGAAUUCGUCAAUCCGAGUGCAGAGGAGAUUCAGAAUCCGAUCUGGGUGACUGGGACUCAACAAAUGUUAUCAUGGGAAACGAGUCUUAGAAACUAUACAAUCGCACUGUGGAAUCAAAACGCGGAUGGAAAUGGAUAUUCCAAAGGUCCAGCCCUGUUAGAAUUCUAUGAUGGAGAUACGUCACUGAACUGGACAGUUCAGACAUAUGCAUUCUCAUUAUCUUUAUCUCCUGUGUUUUACCUACUACUUGAGCCCGGGACUCUCAACGAUAACGGCAAUGUCACCAUACCAACCAGUCAAUCUAUCGUCUCGCAUACUUUCAAUAUAACCUCAACGACACCGAGUGCAGAAGGGGACAAGAAAGAUCACAAACUGGGACUUAUCCUCGCCUUGUCCCUGACCAUUCCAUUCGUUCUUAUAUGUACCGCAUUAGCUAUCUACCUCAUUCGCUCAAGACGACGACGACAACGCGCCCUUGAAACUCCACCACACUACUCCCCUACUGCAUUUACUUUUCCGGAUCAAGAAGACUCUCAAGAUCGAAGGCGAAAGAGUAGCAAAAGCAGCAAUAAUGGCAUUUAUUUUCCACCUCCUCCGACCACUCCAAAGUCGCCUCUAUCGUUCGCAUCUAGUCUCAAAAGCCUACGCGGUCUCAAAGGGAAUACGAUGAGUCCAGGUCAAAAUUCAAUUAAUAGUUAUCGUUUCAGUCCAACGUAUCCCCCAAGUCAUCCUCGAGGCCCUAGCGAAUAUCAUCAAACUAAUCAUAUGUCACCUACAUAUUACCCCCUGCAAAGAAUUCCAUCACUUACCUCCACAGAGGCCGGGAAUCCGCACAUUCAACAAUUGCAAGAGGCUCAAGAAGAGCUUUCUAUCGAGCGUCAAAAACAAGGACCUCGGGUGGCUUAUCAGCCUCCAGAGAUAAGUCCAUACGACAAACCUCGAGUCGGACAAGAUAACGAGGAUCAGAAAUGGGUCAUUAAACCUUACGUGCCACCGGAAAUGCCAGCGUCUGUCAAAAAGAGAUAUCUUGAAGGGCAGGCCGAAGAAAGAAUUGCGAGAAGGAAAUACGAUUAUGAUCAGCCGGAUGAACUGUGGUAG